AUGGUACGCGGCAACCUUCUUGCGGGUGUUUCCGACACACUGCGACCAUCAUCAAGACCCCCCACCAAGUUACUAACCCCUACCGCCCCCCAGGUCCUGUUCAAGCGCAAGCCGGUGCAGUUUCUGCCCGUGCCCGAGCUUGACGAUGACAAUCAAGAGAUCUGGUAUAUUCCCCAGACGGGCGAGGUCUUUGUCACAUACGAGGAUUACUUGAAUAGGAUGGACUUUUACAAGCAGAAACGCUUUAUUUGCACCAUCAGUGGCCAUUCAGGCCUGACAUUCUUUGACGCACUAGAGAGCGAGCUCGCCGGUGCCGCCGAAGUCAACCAAGCAUUCCCCGAAGCCCUCAAGGGCCCGAUCCUCCGACGUGUCCAAUUCCAGACCGUGUCCCGCAUCGAUACCUUGGUCGACCAGGUGUACGACGAGUUUAAGAACGAUUACUACCCCGGCGAGGCUGUUACAGUAUACGUGGUGGGCGGAGAGAGGCUGAAGGGUGUGGUCCGGGACAAGAUGCGCUUCGGGAGCAAAGUGCUCCCCGAUGGCACCCAGACCCCGAACUUCUCGCGCUACUUUGUUAGCCUGGACGAACGGCCGGACGAGGAAGCCAUGGUCUGUGAACCCAACAUUUUCCGCGACCGCAAAGUCUUUACCAAGGCCGUUCUCCGAUCCUUUAUCAAGAACACGGUGACGAGGGAAGCCUGGAAUGGAGCCCCAUGGCUAGUGAAGAACGAUGUCGCGGAAAAGUACCACAUCGACACGCGCAUCCCGGCCCACUUGCGCUACGACAACAAGUUGUUGGAGCGGAAGCAAAUACAGCUUCAGAAGAAGGCAUCACACUCGGACCUGACGCCCCAAGACUCGCCCGGCCCUGUCAGCCCCACCGGCUUCCGGUUGCCCGAGCUCAAGCCCGCGCCCAAGAGCCACAAGUCGAAGGCGCAACAAGCGCUCCAGGCUCAGCAACAUGCCAUCAAAGGCAAGCACAGCACGUUCGGGGGCCACGAACCAGGCUCCUUCAUGCAUCUUCCGCUCCCCGGGAACUCCUUGCAGCAGUUCCCCAUGUCGUACCGCGAUCAGCCCCCAGAGCCUAUCGUCCACCAGCGCGAACCGACCCCACCCCCACCGCCUCCGAAAUACCCGAUCGAAGACUUGCAGGUCGAGUCGCGCGGCCUUGUUCGACCGCAGCUCAAGUACAUGUGCCGCGACACGCCGGUCGAAGUUGGGCCCGAGUCCAAGUCGCCGUUUAGCGAGAAGAUUUUGAUGAAGUCAAUAGGACCCUUGCUUGAAACAUGGGAUACACUCAACGUCUACUGCGAGAUCUUUAAGCUCGACUCGUUUACGUUCGACGAUUACGUGGAGGCCAUGUUGGUUGCGUCUGUGGACAGCCCAGUGCAGCUGUUUGACGAGAUCCAUUGCGCCGUUCUCAAGAUUCUCGUCACUUCCGAGGCUGACGGCGGUAAGGUCCAGAUACAGCUGCCGGAGUUGGAUGAUGAAGACGAGGAGGAGGACGAGGAAGAGGAAGAGGAGGGAAGUGCCGAGCCAACUCCCGAACCGGAACCGCAACCAACGGGACGCGCGACGCGGAGGAGCUUGGCCAAGGCGGAAGCGGAGAGACUAGCAGCAGAGGCGGCUGCGGCCGAGAAGGAGAUGCAGGAGGCAGAAGACGCGCCGAAGCACCAGGCGGAGGAAUUACUCCACGACUACGACUGGAUCGAGCAGCUGUCGAAGCGCGAGUUCAAGGACGGCGGUUGGGAAAUGAUCUUGGUCGGGUUGCUCCAUCAGUUGUCUAAGAAUGAGCGGCUUAGCGCCGCCUGUGAAGAGCUUCUCCAGCAGCUGGUCCCGACUGACAUCGAGCCGAGCCAAGAGACGGUGCGCCAGCAGUACUCGGCCCUCGACAUCAACUACCGCGUGCAGGCGCUGCAGAUUAUCUGCAUGCUCACGUCCGAGACUAGGGCGAUCCGUGGGUACAUGGAGGACUGCAGUGAGACGAUGACAGGGUACAGGAAGGAGAAGAUUGAGUGGCAGAGAAAGAGGAAGCAACUGAUUGAGGACCUCAAGCAGCUCAACGACCAGCGCAAGAUCCUGCUACCCGAUAAUCUACCCCCCAGUCCACCGUUGGAACCGGCCAAGACAAAUGGGGACGUCAAGAUGUCGGAUGUGGAGGACUUGCCAGCCAACACCUCUGACGAGGUCGCAGACUCGGAUGACGAUGGUGCAGUGCGGAAACUGCGGCGUGCUAAUGACCGGGCCGCGGAGCGCAAACGGAAGGCUGAGCUCGAACAGGAGCGCAAGGAGAAGGCGGAAGCAGCAGCCAAGGUACCCAAGCAGUCGAAGCAGUUCCAGCGGGUGCUGAAGGACAUCCAAAAGAAGGAAGAAGAGAUUGCCGAGUGUGAGCGCGAGAUUGCCGUGAUCGACAACGACCUACGCGAAGCCGACUGCCCGCGCACGCGUGUGCUCGGCAAGGACCGUUUCUGGAACCGGUACUACUGGUUCGAGCGCAACGGCAUGCCAUACGGGGGGCUGCCCGACAGCUCCACGGCUUCGGCAGACUACGCCAACGGCUGUCUCUGGGUGCAGGGUCCUGACGAGAUCGAGCGGGAGGGUUAUAUCGACAUGAGCCCCGAGUACCAGGACGAGUACGUGGCCAAGUUCAACACCACGGUGCCCGAGCGCAAGAAGCGCGAAGAGGGCGCCACCAGCGUCUACAACGCCUGCCAAUGGGGGUAUUACUCAGAGCCGGAAGACGUCGACGCCCUGCUCGGCUGGCUCGAGCCCCGCGGUGUCAACGAACUGAAGCUGCGCAAGGAACUGGUCAACUACCGCGACAAGAUCGCCAAGAACAUGGAAAACCGCAAGGCCUACCUUGCCGAGGCCGAGGAACAGCAGAAAAAGGAGCGGGAAGAAGCCGCAAAGGCGGCGGCCGCUACCCCGGCCCCAACUCCCACACCAGCGCCCCCCACAACAACAACAACCACAUCCACCAACCCCCCCAGCAAACGCAUGACCACCCGCGGCCGCGGCGUCACCACCAUCUCCGCACCCCCCCUCGAACCGUCCCCCGAACCCCCCGCGCCUCCCGCACCAAUCGCGCCCGUAGUCGUUGCAGCGCCGACGUCCUACCGCUGCAUGGCCUGGGAAAAUACCAUGGCCCUUGAGGAUAUUGGGCAUCUGCACAGCCUGCAACCGCCCCCGGCUCGGUCGAGGAAGAUGACCAAGAAGAAGGAGGCGGCGGAGAAGGCGGCUGCGGAGAGGGAGAAGGCGGAGGAGAAGGAGGUUAUGGUUACUAGGGGGAAGAAAGGGCGGCAGGGGGGGAGGUGA